AUGAAUGCGAUCUUUCUGAGAAACCUGUCCUUCCACGCGCGCCGUCUUCGUCUCUCUCCCACUCCUUCCCUCUUCUCUUUUACCUCUCCCACCUCCUUCUCUUCUCGCUCCAAUGCUCCUGACAAACCCCACUCCCUCGUUGAAGACAUUAGCAACGAAGAGUUGAAGAGGCGUGUGGCUAAGCUUCAAGAGGGUGAUGCCGAGGCGAUUCCUUCUGUGUUUGAGGCUAUAUUGCAGAGGUAUUUAACAGGGAAGCCUAUAGAAGCUGACGAGGCGUUGAUGAAGGAAAUUCUUGGGAAACGGACAUUGUCGGAAGAUGAAGAGGACGAGUUUGAUUCUGAUUGGGAGGAAACAGAUGACACUGAAAAUGAAGAUGAAGAAGAUUUUGAUCUUGGUUUUAAAGGGAGGAAUAAGUUGAUGAAAGAAAGAAUAAGCGAUGAUUGA